AUGUUCUCUCGCACGGCCCAGCCUGUCCGGACUCUGCUUCGCAGCGCCUCCGUGGCUCCCACCUUCGGUCGCUCCAUUCCCGCGAGAAGUACGCCCAUUGACCCUCGAGAAUGCGCCGUGCAGUCUGACAUCUUCAAGCCUACCAAGUAUGGUGGCAAGUACACGGUCACUCUGAUUCCCGGUGACGGAAUCGGUGCUGAGGUUGCGGAGUCGGUCAAGACCAUCUUCAAGGCCGACAACGUGCCCAUCGAGUGGGAGCAGGUCGACGUGAGCGGUGUGGACACGGGCAACAAGCACUCGGAGGAGCUGUUCAGGGAGUCGCUGGCCUCGCUCAAGCGCAACAAGCUCGGUCUGAAGGGUAUCCUCCACACCCCUGUGGAGCGGUCGGGCCACCAGUCCUUCAACGUCGCUCUCCGCCAGGAGCUGGACAUUUACGCCUCCAUCUCGCUGAUCAAGAACAUCCCCGGUUACCAGACCCGCCACAAGGACGUCGACCUGUGCAUCAUCCGUGAGAAUACCGAGGGUGAGUACUCCGGCCUCGAGCACCAAUCGGUGCAGGGUGUCGUCGAGUCCCUUAAGAUUAUCACCCGCGCCAAGUCUGAGCGCAUCGCCAAGUUUGCCUUCAGCUUCGCCCUCGCCAACAACCGCAAGAAGGUCACCUGCAUCCACAAGGCCAACAUCAUGAAGCUGGCCGACGGUCUCUUCCGCAGCACCUUCCACAAGGUCGCCGAGGACUACCCCACCCUGGAGGUCAACGACAUGAUUGUCGACAACGCCUCCAUGCAGGCCGUGUCGCGCCCCCAGCAGUUCGAUGUCAUGGUCAUGCCCAACCUGUACGGUGGCAUUCUUUCCAACGUCGGUGCUGCCCUUGUCGGCGGUCCGGGUGUCGUUCCCGGCUGCAACAUGGGCCGUGACGUCGCCGUCUUCGAGCCUGGCUGCCGUCACGUCGGCCUCGACAUCAAGGGCAAGGACCAGGCCAACCCCAGCGCCAUGAUCCUCUCCGGAUCUAUGCUGCUCCGCCACCUGGGUCUUGACGAGCACGCCAACCGCAUCUCCAAGGCCGUCUACGAUGUGAUCGGCGAGGGAACGACUCGCACCCGCGACAUGGGUGGUCAGGCCACCACCCAUGAGUUCACCCGGGCUGUUCUGGACAAGAUGGAGGCGGCUCUGUAA